AAAACGGUAGGACGGGCCUAUUUUCAGACAGGUUUUUAAUUCAAGUCUUUCGAAUUGUGGUGGCGGAGUGGUGAAGUGCCUUUUGGAUGUGUAUACCGGAAUACCGGAGAUUGAACGUUUUAAACCGAAUGGUAUUUUUGUUGGAUGGAGUUGUAACCUUAAAAGUUGACGUUAAAGUAUCCGUUGAUAACCAUGUGCAAAGAUGUUCCGACCUUUAAACUUCAAAUAUUAAGUGUAUAAAAUCAUAUAUAUGUGAGACAAAAUUAGUGAACGUAUUUUGAUUGCGGCGAAAGGAUGCUGAUAAACUUAUAAAGCCGAACAAAUUUAUGUUCAAUAAAUAACUUUUAAGUGAGACGUGAUACGUUGUAACAUAAUCGUGAUAAUGUCUUAUAAUUCUACCCUUGAUGACUUCUGCGGUUCUACAUUUUGGGAUAGUAACUUAACUUGGUACACAGAUAAUCCAGAAUUUACACCAUGCUUCGAGAAGACUGUUCUCGUUUGGACACCCUGUCUCUUUUUAUGGGUCGCAGCUUUAUUAGAUACUUAUUACAUUUUAAACAGCAAGGAAAGAAAUAUACCAUGGAAUAUACUUAAUAUCAGUAAAUUAGUUAUAACUUGUCUUCUUAUUGUGUUAAAAUUCGUGGAUUUGGGUGUGACAGUCCAUAAAUCUUCAAAAGAUGAGGAGGUUUUCAACGCUGAUUAUUACAGUCCCAUUAUCAAGAUACUCACAUUUGCACUCUCAGCAACUUUGUUAUAUUAUAAUAGAAAGUUUGGUAUGAGAGCUUCAGGUGUUUUGUUCUUCUUCUGGCUACUUCUAAUCCUGGCAGGGUUACCACAACUUAGAUCCGAAGUAGUAGCGCAUUAUAAGUUGAUGGAUGAUGAAAAUGUACAAUAUAACUUUGUCAGUUACAUGAUAUAUUACCCUAUGAUCAUUUUGAUGUUCGUAUUGAAUUGUUUCGCCGAUUUGCCGCCAAAAGACACGCCAUAUAAAUAUGAGAAGAACCAAUGUCCAGAGGGCGCUGCUGGUUUCCCUAGCCGUCUCACAUUCAGUUGGUUCGAUCCCCUCGCGAUCACAGGAUUCCGACGUAGUUUAACCGAAUCCGACCUUUGGGCUCUUAAUCCACCGGACUCGUCCAAAGAAGUUGUGCCCAGGUUCGAUAAAUACUGGGCUCGAAUUGUACAGAAAAGGGAAAUGUCGAAUGGUACGAAAGCAACAUACAGCAAGACAUCGGCCAGUGUUAACUUCAAGCCAGAAAAUGAGAAGAAACCAGCUUCGAUUCUGCCCGCGUUGUGUCUCGCCUUCGGAGGGCAGUUCCUUUUCGGUGCCUUGCUGAAACUCUGCAAUGAUCUCCUCAUGUUCCUCUCCCCUCAACUGUUGAAGGUUCUAAUAGAAUUCGUUAAAGGCGACGAACCGGUAUGGAAGGGCUACGUGUACGCCGUGGGCCUUCUAGCUUGUGCGUCGAUACAAACGAUGUUUUUAGCUCACUAUUUUACUAGAAUGUACUUUGUGGGUAUGAGAAUAAGGACCGCGCUCACCAGCGCCAUCUAUAGAAAGUCUCUGCGAAUGUCCAAUGCCGCGAGAAAGGAGUCCACCGUUGGAGAAAUCGUUAACCUGAUGUCUGUUGACGCACAAAGGUUUUUAGAGCUAACAGCGUACUUAAAUAUGAUAUGGUCUGCACCUCUACAGAUAGCCUUAGCUCUGUACUUCCUGUGGGGUAUUUUAGGUCCCUCAGUACUAGCGGGUCUGGCUGUCAUGAUUGUACUUAUUCCUGUCAACGGUCUUAUUGCGAACAGAGUUAAGACAUUACAAAUUAAACAAAUGAAAUACAAAGACGAAAGAGUCAAGCUGAUGAACGAAGUACUUAACGGAAUUAAGGUUCUCAAAAUGUACGCAUGGGAACCGAGUUUCGAGGACCAAGUACUUAAAAUAAGAAACAAAGAAAUGAUUGUUUUGAAACAAACUGCAUAUCUAAAUUCUGCAACAUCGUUCAUAUGGUCGUGUGCGCCGUUUUUGGUGACCUUCCUUACUUUCUUCACGUAUGUGAUAUCAGACCCUGAGAACAAUAUCCUGGCUCCUGACAAAAUAUUCGUGUCGAUGUCUCUGUUUUUUGUAAUGCACUUGCCGUUAGGUCUGCUGCCGCUCAUCGUGGUGUCAGUGAUCGAGACCUCCGUCGGUAUUAAAAGAUUGAACAAGUUCAUGAACUGCGACGAACUCGACGUUAAUUCAGUGGAACACGACAAGAGUGAACCGGACCCGCUGGUGAUCGAGAAUGGUCAGUUCUCUUGGGGCGAGGAGCAGCCGGUGCUUCGUAACAUCAGUGUUCGCAUCCCGCGCGGCUCGCUGGUGGCCGUAGUGGGCGCCGUGGGCUCCGGCAAGAGCUCUCUGCUCGCCGCGCUGCUCGGAGAGAUGGACAAGAUCUCAGGACGAGUCAACACGCUCGGCAGUAUAGCAUAUGUCCCGCAACAAGCUUGGAUUCAAAACGCUACUCUACAAGACAAUAUUCUCUUCGGCAAGCCAUUAGAAAAGGCCAAAUACAGCAAUGUGAUCGGCGUAUGCGCCCUCAAGCCAGACUUCGACGUUUUGCCCGGCGGGGACCAGACUGAGAUUGGAGAGAAAGGUAUCAACUUAUCAGGAGGUCAGAAGCAAAGAGUAUCGCUUGCCCGAGCGGUGUACUACGACGCUGAUAAUUAUUUCCUCGACGACCCCCUCAGUGCUGUCGACUCUCACGUCGGCAAACACAUCUUUGACAAGGUGAUAGGUCCGAGUGGUCUACUAAAGGACAAGACCCGCGUGUGGGUUACACACAACGUGACGUAUCUCGCGCAGACGGACCUGGUGCUGGUGCUGCGAGACGGACAGGUCUCUGAGGCGGGCACCUACCAGCAGCUGCUGGAGAAGAAGGGUGCCUUCGCAGACUUCCUGCUGCAUCACCUCAGUGACGCCGAGAGGACCUCGCCUGAAGAACUAGACGAGAUCAAGCAAGAGUUAGAGAGCAAGUUGGGUUCAGAGUUCCAAAACAAACUGCAACGUGCGCGUUCGCUGUCCGAGAGUGCCUCCGAGUCGGACCAGCCUGCCGCCGGCGACAGAACGGGCAGCGUGAAGCGCCGCACGCCCGAAGAGAGCACUCCCAACGAACUUAAAGAGAAGAACAAACUUAUCGAAGUUGAGAAAACUGAAACAGGCAGCGUGAAAUGGACGGUAUACAAGCACUACCUGACGAGCGUGGGCGUGCUGGCGUCCGUCGUCACCAUCCUCAUGAACCUGGUGCUGCAGCUGUUCCAGGUCGGCUCCAACUACUGGCUCUCCGAGUGGUCCAACGACAAAACUAUUAUCUCUGAAAAUGGUACAUUAGACAAGAGCAAGCGGGAUCUAUACCUGGGAGUGUACGGCGGACUUGGAGUUGGGCAAGCGCUAGCGUCGAUUUUCGCUGAUUUAUUGCCUUAUUUGGGAUGUUGGCGUGCGGCGAUGAUCCUGCACGCUCUCCUCCUAAAGAACGUGCUAAAGGCGCCGUUACAAUUCUUCGAGGUGACGCCCCUCGGCCGGAUCCUCUCGAGGUUCUCUAAGGACGUUGACGUGGUCGAUAACUUGCUGCCCGCGCAGGCCACCGACGUCAUAUAUUGCGCGUUCGAGGUACUGGGGACGUUGUUUGUGAUAAGUUUCUCAACGCCGAUCUUUAUGAGCGUGAUACUUCCUAUCGGGCUGUUGUACUACGUCAUCCAGCGCUUCUACGUAGCCACCUCGCGGCAGCUGAAGCGGCUGGAGUCAGUCUCCCGCUCCCCGAUAUACUCGCACUUCGGGGAGAGCAUCACCGGCGCUACUACUAUACGAGCCUACGGAGUCACCAACAGGUUUGUGGAGGAGUCCGAGCGCGGCGUGGACCACAACCAGUCGUGCUACUACCCGAGCUGCAUCGCCAACCGCUGGCUGGCGGUGCGGCUGGAGAUGAUCGGCAACUUCAUCAUCUUCUUCGCGGCGCUCUUCGCCGUGCUCUACAGGACAUCCACCAACCCCGGCCUCGUCGGACUCUCUGUCAGCUACGCGUUACAGAUAACACAAACACUCAAUUGGUUGGUGCGGAUGACAUCGGAGGUGGAAACAAAUAUUGUUGCUGUGGAGAGAAUUAAGGAGUAUGCGGAAACUGAACAGGAGGCGGCGUGGUCAGUGGGCAACGGCCCCGGCGCGACGUGGCCGGAGACGGGCGCGCUGCAGCUGGAGCGUUUGUAUGUAUACAGGAUAGUUGAGGCGAUGAGCGGCAAGAUCCUGAUCGACGGCAUCGACAUCUCCACAAUCGGUCUGCACCAGCUGCGCUCGCGCAUCACCAUCAUCCCGCAGGACCCCGUGCUGUUCUCCGGCACGCUGAGGAUGAACCUCGACCCCUUCGAUGCGUACAGCGACGAGGACAUCUGGCGCUCGUUGGAGCACGCACAUCUGAAAACCUUCGUACAAGGUCUGCAGGCGGGUCUCCGUCACGAGAUAUCUGAGGGCGGUGAGAACCUGUCGGUGGGUCAGCGUCAGCUGGUAUGCCUGGCGCGCGCGCUGCUGCGCAAGACGCCGCUGCUGGUGCUGGACGAGGCCACCGCUGCAGUCGACCUUGAGACUGACGAACUCAUACAGAAAACGAUCCGUUCAGAGUUCGCGUCGUGCACGGUGCUGACGAUCGCUCACCGUCUCAACACGAUAAUGGACUCGACGCGCGUGAUGGUGCUGGACAAGGGCCAGCUGGUGGAGUUCGCGCCGCCCGACCAACUGCUGCAGGACAGGACUUCCGUCUUCUACGGCAUGGCCAAGGACGCGGGGCUCGUCAAUUAAUACAACUACACAGUAUGCUUCAAUACAUCUUGAUACGUGACUGCAAAUUUUACUUAUGUAAAAAUCCAAACGAUAUUUUUUCGUUGUCGAUACUUUUGUAUUAACAGUCAUCAUCAGCUCACUAUACGUCCUCAGUGAGAGGUCAAAGCAUACCUAAUGCUAGGGGAGAUAAGGCCAUAAUUAUAUGUUGACCCACUGCAUGUUAGUUGACUUUACCCAUAUCUUUGAAUUUCUUCGCCGAUUUGUGCAGUUUUCCUACAAUGUUUUUCUACACAGUAAGAACGUCAGGUAAAUUUUGUACAUAUGAAAUUUGAACGUCACAUUGGGUCCCGUAUGAGUUACGUAUUUAUAACUAUAGCAUUAAUUUAAAAAAAAGGAGAUUUUACAAUGCUAUAUUUACAUAAAAAUCACUGUAUUCAGCGUUUUUAACUAAUAAAUUAAAAAAAAAAUUGCAGCCAAGUAUCAAGAUGUGUUGAACUAUUAUUAGAUAGCUUCUCCUAUAAACUGUACUUGUUGAAACGUGUUCAAAUAUACAUUCGUAUAACUAAUGCUCGAAAGCGAAACAGAUCAAUUAACUUUGUAAAAGUAUUAUUUUUAUAUGAUUAGACGUACUCGAGUACAAAAUCACGGCAUCGAAUAUUGCCUUAUCCUUUUCAUUUUUAACAAGAAGUUUUAUGUAAGCGAAGUUGUACACUAACUAUAGUCCAAUAAAUUUAUCUGACCCGGUGUGAAGUCAAACUAAAUUGUGACAUCCCAAUACCGCCCUUCUUGUCAAUGUCAAAAAGUGUCAAAAUAUUAUUUUCGUUCCGUAGCGGUCAAGUUUUUUCUAUGUCUAGAUUUUACACAUUUUCUGACAAAACCGUCGAGUGACUUCACCUCUCACCGUAUCGGAUAUCCUUGUUGGACUAUACAAUGUAACCUUUUUAAAUUUUCAGUCAGUAAAUACGAAAGUUAUAUAAUUACACUUAUGUUUGCUGCCAGUGAAAAUUCAUUCUUGAUUUUGUUUACAUAAAUCCUCAUGUUAUAUUGAAACAGACUGUAGUUACCACAAAGGCCGCCCCUAUACUUAAUUGUUUUUAGAUAUAGAUCCAAUUAUUUCGAAUCGAAUUUUACAAAAAAAACUCAUUCUUUCAAAUAAUUAUUGAAACUAAUUCUCGAAUUUUCUGUAUUUGUGAUAAUUGUAAUAAAUCUUGUACUUAUAAACUGCAGCGUUUAAGCUUUAAUACUGCCUUGUGAAGUGGCAUCUAACCUUGUUUAACUGUCAUACUCAGGAUUAAUGAUUAUUUAAGUAGUCCCUUAGUAUAGAUUUUUCAUAAACUCGGUGACCCUUAAUGUAACAACCAUAAUUGACGGUAAUGUUUCUUGGUUACAACAGUCACUGAGAGCAGAUUUUUAUAUUUAAUUUAUAUUAAGGGCAUCCUUAACUAUUCAUUAAAUAACUGAGCGUGGUAAUAAGUUUGCUUUGGUACUAAUGUUAUUUAAAUAUAAGAUAUAUAUGGAAGUUAUUAUGUGAAGUGUUGAAGCGUGGUACAUCACAAUUUGAGUAAUAUUAAGUUAUGACUUAUCACAACAUUGUACUUAGUUUUAUUUACAAUUAUAUGUUUUAUUUUAUGUCUUAGUUAUACAACUUGUUAAAUAUACACAACCAGUUUUAGAAUAAAUAGGUAUAAAAAAAAUUGUUCCAGUUAAAGCAUGAUGUUUUUAUAUUCCUUUAUGUACUAAGUAGACAUUUUUACAGCCUGUCAUAAAUAACUUAAAGUGGACAUUAUUUCUGAUACUUAAUUUUUUUAAAUUCCUGUGCAAACGUUUCUUUAAUUUUUUUCCGAGUCAGUUAAUAAAUAAUAAAAACUCGAAAAAUAAUAAAAACUCACAACAUUUAUAUCAAGUUUAGUUUGGCAACAGAUUUUGGUGCCUUUUAUAAUAUUAGAAUAUUUAUAAUGCAUUUAAUUUUAUUUGUAUUUAUUUCUGUAUCUAUUUUAAACUUUUUUUUCUUAACAAAGACAAAAUCUUCACAUCAAACAUGUUGUCUCUAUUUUUGUAAAGUAAGAGAGAGAUAGAGAUAACAUAUUGUUUGUAACACUGAGCAUUAUAAAAGUAAAUUAUUACUUGAAUGUUACGGUUGCAGAAUAUUUUAUGAAAUAGAGAUUCUAAAACAAUUUCGUAUCAACUUUAGCUGAAUAAUAUGUUUUCCAUGUGUGAUUGUCUAUUUAGUAAUGAUAAACCAUUUAUUGAGUAAUUAUAGAGUGAUCAGGAAAAUAGAAAACCAUAUGAGGACGACCAUGAAACUAUAUGAGGACGCCAUAAUCGACUCUUUUUACAUCAGCUAAAGGCACUUAAAUUAGUUCUAUAUUUCCCCCACAGGUAUUUUAUAUUUCAGGUCAGACUAUAACAAGCGAUCAGUUUUACUAACAUUUACCAACCUAUGAGAGAGAAUUUGUUAUUAUGAUUAAAGGUUUAGAAGAUUUAUUUGUCUUUAAAUGGAAAUUUAUCACAAUUUGAAAUUAUUAUUUUAAGUUCAAACUCAUUUUACAGAUUAAUAUUUAAGAGAAUAAUUUUCGUGGCACUAGAAUUAGAUAACCUAUAAAGUGAAUAUUAAAUGUAUUUAAGCAUAUCCGACAAUUCAAUAGAUAUUUUAAAACAAAUAUUUUAUGUGUGAACUUUUACAAAAGACAUACUCAACAUUAUUAAAACUAACUUAGUAAAGAUUUUUAAAUGUGUUCUUUUUUUAUUUUAGUUUGACAUUGUUAGAAAUAUUUAUUUCUAGACUUUUCACAGGGACUUUCUUAAAUAGGGGAGAGUACUAAAUGUUUAUUGUUUAAAUCCGUUAGAAUCUUGCCAGUGUUUGUUCAAUCUCUAAAUUACAAUAUAUGGAUUAAGCAAAUUAUACUAUGUAGAGAAAUUAAUUAAUUUUAUUACUGAGCAUAGUAAAAUUUGUUAUAAUUUGUAUAUUUUUGGUAGCUAACAUGCAUUUGUCAAUUAAAUUAGGUAAUAACUUGGUCUGCACCACAUAUAGGAAGUUACAAUGCUUAACAAAUGUUACAAUACUGCAUUUAUUAGUAGUAUAUUUUGUAAAACUCCUGCCUCCCGUCUGUAUACACAAUGUCCUUGUAAAUAUUGAAAAAUAUUACUAAGUGAAGUAAUUAUAUGUUAAAAACUUUGUUUUAGUGAUUAAUCACAAUACAGGAAUAAAGUUAUUUGUACUGUAA